AUGUUCAAAAGCACAAUCAUGCAAGCAGAAGCAAUCUUGAUGGCCGAGCACGCGACAAUGCUCUCCGCCCUCCGCUUGGCCCCCCUGCGAAGCGCCGCCCGCCAGACGUCACGUCAAACGUCACGCCAUCCGCCGCCAUCAUACCUCGCCGCGCCCUUCGAGCGCGCGUCUUUAUGGAGUAAACCCUACCGCGCGACACCUGUCACGAUGCAGCAGGCGAGCGCGCGCGAGCGCCAGGAGGAGGUGGCGCGCAUUGAGCACCUGCCGGAUGAUCAGAAGAAGCAGCUGGAUGAGCGCGCGCGCCAGGGGGAGACGGUUGUACCGGGGGGAACCGGGGGGAAGAGCUUGGAUC